UGUGAAGGUUGUUCCUCUGCGCCUACCGUAGUUACAGCAAAAACAACAUGGCGUCCGACAGUGACAGCGACGAGGAUUUUGUGACUUACGGGACUCCUCUGGAGCCUCUGGAAGAAGAUGAGCCUCUGAAGAAGCCCGUCCCGCUCCACGAGCAGACGGUGAAGGACGAGAAGGGCCGGUACCAGCGGUUCCACGGAGCGUUCACCGGAGGCUUCUCAGCCGGCUACUUCAACACCGUCGGCACCAAAGAAGGCUGGGCCCCGUCAACCUUUGUGUCGUCACGGCAACAGAAAGUGGAGAAGAAACAUCAUGCCAGGCCCGAAGACUUCAUGGACGAGGAGGACUUUGGCGAGCACGGCAUCGCUCCGAGAGAGAUCACCACCAGUCAGGAGUUCUCUUCGAGCCGCAGAGACGCCGCUGGAGAGAAGGCGAGAGCCGUCCACGCUCAGGCAGCGCUGAUACCAGGAGACACACUGCUGGAGGAGCUCAUCACACCCACCAGGUCGUCCGUGGGGGUGGAGCUGCUGAAGAGGAUGGGCUGGAGGGAGGGUCAGGGCGUCGGGCCACGCACCAAGAGGAAGGCUCGCCGACAGCAGACAGACGGAGCGGGCGGAGUCUACGGAGCUGUACUGCCCCCUGCUGGAUCGGAGGAAUCAGAGGACGAGGAAGAGUUUGCUCCAGAGAACGUGACCUUUGCCCCUAAAGACGUGACUCCGGUGGACUUUAACCCCCGGCUGGGGGUUCAGGGAUUGGGCUACCGUGGUCUGGACCCGGGCCGGGCGCUGCUGGGGCGAGCGGCGCCCGAACACAUCGACCUGUUCAGGCCGCAGUCGGAGUCGAGGAGCCGGCUGUUUGGAGACGCACAGCGAGGCUCACGGAGAGGAGGCGUCGCCGGACAGGCGUUCGGCGUGGGGGCGAUGGAGGAUGACGAUGACGAGGAGGUUUACCACCGAGACUGCAUGUCCCGCUACGACACGGAGCUGGGGGGGGCGGAGCCAGGAGACGGCCUGUACGGAUGGACCGCCCCCCAGCAGUACAGCAGGAAGACAGAUAAAAGCAAAGAUGCGUCGUAUCUCGGUAAAAUCCUGGAGGGAUUCACGCUCGCUCAGAAACCAUCGCAGGAAACUACGAUCUUCCCUCCCCCCUCUCUUCCCAGAGACUACCGUCCCGUCCACCGUUUCCGUCCGUCGGUGGAGGUCUUGAGUCUGUCAGGGGUCAGUCCGGCGCUGGCCGAGGCUCUCAGGGUCUCCAGGGGUCACAUGGUCAAAGAGGAGGGGGGGCCCCAACAGGGGGGACGCCACCAGCUGGACUCCAGCCAGCGGAGGGCGCUGCUGGGAGAAGACGCCCUGCAAGGUCCCAGCUCAGUCCUGGAGCUGCUGAAGCCUGAAGACAGAGAGCGGCUGCUGAGCCUCCGCAACUCCUCCUCCUCCAACCUGCCCACCCCCAAAACCCAGCCCCCGGCCUCCCAUGAUGCCUUGCGGUGGGCGGGUCCGGCAGCGGUGGCAGCACCCGUGGGCGGUGUGGCGGCGUCCUCGUCCUCGGCGUCCGGCCUCCAGCAGGAGGCGCUGACUGUGUGGAAAGGAGUCCAGACGUCGGCGCAGACGUUCAGACCGUUUGAGAAGAACUCGAGCAAACAGGCGCGCUACGAGCUGUACCUGAACCGCCUGAAGCAGGGAGACAAAGACGGUCUGGAGCAGAGUCUGGACCCGGGGAUGACUGAGUGGGAGCGCAGCAGGGAGAGGGACGAGUUUGUCCGAGCGUCCAUCCUCUACAGACCCACGGCGUCCUCGCUCUCCUGCCGCUUCACCCGCGCCAAAGACCCAGAGGAGGACGACGGCAGCGUGGAGGUCCCCCGGGACCAGGAGGGCGACGUGGACGACAAACAGGCCGCCGUAAACAUGAAGAUGUUCGGAAAGUUGACCCGAGAAACGUUCGAGUGGUAUCCUGACAAACUGCUCUGCAAGAGGUUCAACAUCCCCGACCCCUACCCUGGGUGCAGUUUGGUCGGUCUGCCCAAAGUGAAGAGAGACAAGUUUUCAGUCUUCAACUUCCUGACCGUGCCGGAGAGCAGAGAGACGACCGCUCCUCCGAAGCCUGCGGACGCUGGGAAGAGAUCCAGGUGGGAUGUUUCUCAGCAGAAAGAGGAGGAGAAGAAGGAGAAGAAGGAGAAGGAGAAGGAUCCUCUGAGCCAGCUGCUCAACGAUGCUCGAAAACAGACUGAGACCAAACUGGGACAAAGCUCCCCGCCUGCCUCGGAGACGCCGUCGGUGGAUGAGCAGAAAGAAAAGAAAGACGAGGAGAAGGAGGAGGAGAAGGAGGAGGAGGAGGAGGAGGAGGAGAGCCGGCCUCCCAUGGAUCUGUUCAAGGCCAUCUUCGCCAGCUCCUCGGAUGAGAAGUCCUCGUCUUCCUCGGAGGGAGAGAGCGACGGCGAGGCGGAGGACAAGGACGCCACGGAGGACCGAGGCAAAGCCGACACGCAGCCACUGAGUCUCUUCGGCAUCCCAACAUCCAUCCAGCAGACGGCUGUAGUCUUGCCUCAGAACUUCACACAAGAAGCUAAAGAAAACCAAGAGGAGGAGUUUGGUCCCAAGCUGCCGCCUCCGUCAGCUGCUCUCAACAGAGGAGGCGCCGUCUCCGUCUGCUCGCCGCGAGACGAGGAGAAACCCAACAAGAGGAGCCGAGAGAGGAAACACAAGAACAAGAAGCAGCACAAACACAAGAAGGACAAGAAGAAGAAGAAGAAGAAGAAGCACAAGAACAAAGGAAAGCAGCAGCAGAAGAAGAGUAAGAAGGAGACAGACAGCAGCGGCGAGGACAGCAGCGAGGACAGCGGCGAGGACAGCGGCGAGGACGCUGCACAGGUGUCGACUCAGGAGCUGCUCAAAAGACUGAAAAAUGUCCGGUCUCUUGAGUCCUGGUGAAGACAGUGAGCCGUGUCCUCUGUGAGGACGACCGUCAGCAGAUACCAUGUUGUUCUCAUUUGAAAUAAUAAACGUGUUUAUCAUUUAA